UAUUAAUUUGUUUGUAAAAUUUGGAAAUUUUUUGUGCUUAAUUUUUGUGGAUAUGUAGUUGUAUAUGGUUCUUGUUUAUAUGGUUUUAAUCAAUUUGGGAUCUUAUAUAUGUUGUUAUAUGACUAGUUGGUUAGACUUUAUGGUCAAUCGAAAAUAGUCUCUCUCUAAUUUGUUAAAAGUAGAGAUAAGGUUUGCGUACGUUACUCUCGUAUGCUCUUUUUGUGUUUGUGGCAAUUCUGCUUUUUUAGAAAUAUUCACCAAAGGAGAAAAAUGAAGUAUUGUUUUUGCCUUCUUUAAAUUCUUCAUUUUUGUACUGAAUUUUGAACUUUGAUAAGAUCCCACUAGAAGGAAAGCAAAAUUGGUUGGAUUGAAGAAGACAGUUGAGCCAGUUAGUCAAGGACUGGAAGUCAUCACCGCUCAGUUAUUUUUCGACUUGUUGUUAUCUAAGUAUCAAAUUUGCACUGCGUUUUUUCGGGAGCAGCAUGAAGCCACCGAAUUUCAAUCUUGAAUCGGAAGACGAGUCCGAAGUCAGCAGCAGCCAAGUUGCCUCCAACACUUCUGCCCAAGAAAUUUCUCCUGAUCCUUACAAGGAUAACACGACCAAUUCGUCCUGUCUGACAAACUCUCUCAAUCUUCAGCAGGAGUCGAAAGCCGUUACACUUGACUUGACUCUUGGCUUCAACAGCGGUGCUGAUACCGAGUCGAAGGGCAAUCCCGAGGCUGGCAGUGAAGUAGUGCCUCAUCCUCCAGCUGCACAAGUAUCGAGGAUAUUCUCGUGCAACUUUUGUAGGCGCAAGUUUUAUAGUUCACAAGCUUUGGGAGGACAUCAAAAUGCACAUAAGAGGGAGAGAACUCUAGCAAAGAGGGCGAUGCGGAUGGGAAUGCUAUCAGAGAGGUACGCUAGCUUGGCAUCGCUCCCCCUUCACGGAUCCCCAUAUCGAUCACUUGGCAUCGAAGCUCAUGCCUCCGUACAUCAACGUGCCUCUCAACAACAAGAAAGGCAUAUGCAUGCUAUUAGAGGCGGGGCAAGAUUCGAACAGAGCUAUUUCGGGGUGCCAGUAUACAUGGAGGAUGAUGACAUGGAGAUGUUUUGGCCCGGGAGCUUCCGUCAAGUUGACGGAGUCGGUAGCAACGUCGUGCUUAAUUCAGGUCAGAGGUCCAACAUAAAUUUUGUACCAAUGGCUCCACCACCUAAUACACAACCAUCAUUGCCUGACCUGAAUUUGAAAUUGUGACACUCUUGCCAUUCACAUUUCUAUAUCUAUUUCGACAUCCCUCCUUUUCCGGAAAAAACAAACGCGUUGUUACGUUGUAACUGUGUUACAUUCGCGUUGUGUUGUACAGGGAGAUUGAUUGAAUGUCUUACAUUGAAUUGAGAUUUCGAGUUUUAUCGCGUUAGACUCUUUUUAUUCCUGAAAUGUGCUUUAAAAUUCAUAGUAACUUUGUUUAUAUAACUUGUACAACAUCAUAAAGAAAUUUUUCACAUUUUUGGGAUA